ACGAUGUCUUCCAGCAAUGUCAUCCUCCUAUACGACAUACCAGGGAAUGUGGCAGGUAAAGCGUGGUCACCUAACACAUGGAAGACAAGAUACGCCCUAAACUACAAGGGAUUGCCGUACAAGACGAUAUGGGUGGAAUACCCUGACAUCGCUCAGGUAUGCAAGGAGAUCGGCGCUACCCCCACGAGCACGAAGGAGGAUGGGUCUCCGUAUUUCACGCUUCCCGCAAUCUACGACCCUUCCACGAAUACUGCCCUCUCGGAAUCGGCGCGGAUCGCCCGCUAUCUCGACAAGACCUACCCCGGCACGCCCGUGCUCAUCCCACCUGAAACAGACGCGUUCCAUGCGGCGUUUCAGGAGGCCCUCCAGCGGCUUGUCCUGCAGAAUAUAUCACCACUCAUGCUGCCUCCAACAUGCUUACAACUCAAUCCACCAAGCUAUGUUUACUUCCGUGAGACGCGAGAGAGAAUGUACGGAAAGAAGCUGGAGGAGUUCACACCCGUCGGACCGAUCCGCGAUGAGCACUGGCAGAAGGUGCAAGACGGAUACAGCAGGAUGUCUUCGUGGCUGACCGCGGACGGGAAGGACAAGCUCUUCUUCAUGGGCGACAAGAUCUGCUAUGCAGAUAUUUCAAUUGCGGGUUGGACGGUUUGGAUGAAACUGGUCCUAGGGCCCGACAGUGCAGAGUGGGCAGCCAUCAAGGCGUGGGAUGGAGGAAGGUGGUCAAGGUUCAUGGAGCAUUUCGAGAAGUACGAAUUCGUCGACGAGUAAACGUACAUGUCGCUUGCGGCUGGAUAUGGUCGUAAC